AUGCACCGCUUACCAUGUAGGAACAGCCUCAGAGCUGUCGCUCAACUCCGCUACUCUUCUACAGCUUCCACACCUGCAACACCAUCUACACCUACCUCAAAGUCCUCAAAGUCCCGCUGGCUCGGUUUCCUCUUCGUCGGCGCAUCCGCUGCCGCUGCAGGCAUCUACGUCCGCCAAAGCAAUGACUCCACAGCCCUCAACCAAGAAACAUUUACCAAAUAUAGUCUGGUAUCCCGCGAGCCCGUGUCAACCACAAGCAGUCUGUUCACCUUGCGCCCGCGCCGAUUCAGCGAAUUCAAUUACGAUGUCUACGAAGAAGCUUGGUCGACGGGCGUCUGGAGCGUGAUGUUCAAGCAGCCCCAGUUACAGAUUGGACGCGAUUAUACCCCAUUACCGACCACCGCCGCAACGGGAUUGACCGUCGAAGACGAGAACGAGGGUUGCUUGCGCUUCUUCAUUCGGAAGGACCCUUUCGGCGAGGUUUCGCGCUAUCUGCACACGAUUGAGGUCGGCGCCGACGUUGAGCUGCGAGGACCGAAGAUUGAGUGCGCCAUACCGAAGGAGACAGAGGAGAUCUUGUUCAUCGCGGGUGGCACAGGGAUUGCGCCGGCUCUGCAAGCCGGGUAUUCUCUGCUGAGUCGAGGCGGGAAUGGCAGGAUUCACAUUUUGUGGGCGAACAGACUGAAAGAUGACUGUGCUGGUGGACAGAAUGAUUCGUUGAAUCCACCACCGAAGCAGGGUUGGUUGUCUGGCUGGUUUGGAGGCAAAAGCGAGGCCCCCAAGAUCGUGCCUGUGAGGGAUGAAGAUCGGUCUCUCAUUGUGCGAGAGCUGGAGGCACUCAAGUCCCAGUAUCCUGGGCAGGUCACCGUGGAUUACUAUCUGGACGAGGAAAACACGUUCAUUGGGAAAGAGGCCGUUCGCGCCUCGAUCGACUCGUCCAGUGAUCGCAAGAGCAAGCUAAUCUUGGUCUCGGGCCCCGAGGGGUUCAUCAGCUAUAUGGCCGGGCCAAAGCUGUGGGCUCAGGGUCAGGAGCUUCAGGGCCCUCUGAAUGGAAUCAUCCGAGAGCUGGACCUCAAAGAUUGGGGGGGUUUGGAAGCUCUAGAAUGUAACAUAUGUCUUUUUUGCUUUUCUGCAUAUAGCAUGUAUAACCAAACUCACAGGGGAGUCCAGCGUGUUUCUACCUCAUGGAAAAUUGACACUUCAUGA